GAUCCCAAACAAGAUGGUCGACGACGCAAAUGACCUCGCUGAGAAGAUAUUCUCCUUCAUUAUCGGCUUCCUUAUCGCGAUUACUCUAGGAGUUCUGUCCUUCACCAUUGGCGUCAUCAUAGAUGUGGUGGUCGGUCUUCUACCAACACUGGCUGUUUUGGUGCCUCUGGGCCUGGCCUUGGGGAACUAUGCCCU